UUCACGGUGUAGCCGAGCUAGCUGUUAGCCGCGGGGCGUUCAGGGACACGGUCCAAACAGAGAGAGAGCAGAACACCGAACCCCGCGAACUGAGCUGUUGAUUAUAAAGUUAACUGGCUGUGUGGAGAUGAACUACAGGACAUGAGUCUUUGAACUCAUCUCCAGACCCACUGCAGGUGAUCCCCCAGGUAAAGGUGCGCGUUGUGUUGCGUAGGCAUGUUAUACAUGUUCAAAAUAAUAUAUUUAAAGAGUUAAGUGGUUAUAUACAGUAAGUGUGUGUGUGUGUGUGUGUGUGUGUGUGUGUGUGUGUGUGUGUGUGUGUGUGUGUGUGUGUAUUUAUAUGGUACGUUAUAUACGUGGUUAAUGCAGACAGUACCAGUGAAAAGAUUAAGGGGGGGGGGUGAACCUGUCAUCAGCUGAGAUCAGGAAGAAUUAGAAUCAGUCUCCGUCUGUGACGUCAGAGAAACAGAUGUUAUGAUUAAUCAGCUUUUUGUUUUAACGUGGUGGUUAGUUGUUAGUUAACCCUCCUGUUAAACUGCUGUGAUGUUUGACCCGCUCUGCUCCAGCUGUGUGCAGCUGUGUUCCCACACCACUGCAGUCAGUUUAUUAGGAACAGCUAGUUAAGGCUAAUCAGUGUCAUACAACCCUGCAGUCAGUUUAUUAGGAACAGCUAGUUAAGGCUAAUCAGUGUCAUACAACCCUGCAGUCAGUUUAUUAGGAACAGCUAGUUAAGCCUAAUCAGUGUCAUACAACCCUGCAGUCAGUUUAUUAGGAACAGCUAGUUAAGGCUAAUCAGUGUCAUACAACCCUGCAGUCAGUUUAUUAGGAACAGCAGUUAAGGCUAAUCAGUAAAUCCUCCUGUUCUGGUGGAAACUUGGUUUCAGACAGAAAGAAAGAAAAAGUAAGAAAACGAAAGAAUAAUAAGAAAUGAAGCAAAGUAAAGAAAGAAAGAAAAGUUUUCUUUGUUGACUUAUUGAAGAGGUCCCGAUGAACUUGUUCAGAUCAUGUGUUGUGGGGCUCGAUCAUGUGACCCUGUCAUGUGGUUUGAGUGUGUCCAGGAUGCUCCAGGGGCCGUACAGCAGCCUGGACCGGGACCGGCCCCUCAUCCGGCUGCCGGUCGCCAGCUUCACCGUGGCGACGGUUCUGCUCCCUCUGACCGGCUUCAUCGCCUGCCUUUUCAUUUCACUCAUCUACCACUUCGAGGACGCCACGUACACACACUGUCAGGUGUCAAACUACCUCCCGUCCAUCAGCGCCGCCAUCAGCCUCGUGCCGGAGCGCUACAUCUGGCGCUGCUGCAUCGGCCUGCACUCGGCGCCGCGCUACCUGCUGGCUACCGCGUAUUUCAACUUCUACCGCGGCCGCUUCGCCAACAGGCUGCCGGAGCUGCUGCUGAGCGGGCUGGCGCUCCUCUGCAACCUCGCCGAGAACACCGGCCUGCUGCUGCUCACAUACGUGUCGUCCACAGAAACGUACAGUGUUCAUAAAAACGGUUUCAUCGUGUUCAUAGCGAGCUCGCUGCUGCACAUGCUCAUUACGUGCCGGCUGUGGCAGGUGAUCAGGAGAUACUACGUGAACCCCGAGGAAGUGACGUCGUAUCGAUGGAAAGUACGUCUCUUCCUGUUCAACGUCAGCUGUUGUGCGGCCGCGGCGUACUUCUUCAGACGUCACAACAACUACUGCGAGACAGGAGUCUACACCCUGUUCGCCUUCUUCGAGUACCUGGUGGUCUUCUCCAACAUGGCCUUCCACGCCACGGCUGUCUGGGACUUUGGGAACAAAGAGGUGAUGGUGGCGACGCCGCCUGAAGACAAACGAUACUGAGGGACACUUCAAGGACCGUCAGGAACUUGAGGUUGAGAUUUUACCUGAACAUUAUGUGAGAAGUGUCUCUGAGCCUUUGGUCGGCUCUGCAGGGAGAUUCAGCUUUGACCUGGUCACUCCAGACACCUGGACUUCGUGGUGUGUCGGGAAGUUUGCAGACACGUACAGACCUGCUGAGUCCAGGUCCGGGUCAAGAAGUGAGGGAGGUGCAAUCAUUCAGUCAUUCUGUUGGUCUGGAGGAAGCCAAACGUCACACAGCUGAUUAGAUAUAAUGAAUUAGUGUUUCUGACCAGGCCACACUCAGCUCAAAAAAACAACCUGUUUACAAGCGACUGAAUGAAACACAGUGAAGGAGGAAGCGGCUCCGGUUUCCCCUUCAGACACCUGCGUCUACCUGUCGUCAUGGAGACGUCACAGCGCUAACACCUGAACUCAGCAGAUCAACAUUACACUGUACAGAUGUGAGCUGCAGUGGACCAACACUCAGGAUUACAAAUAAAUCAAGUUGAAAUCCCUCUGAAUUAGUUUUUCUUUUUUAAAUUGAUUUAAUAAAUAGAGACUAAAGUUUCACAUGGAGACGCACAAAGAGUUUCCAGCUUUUACCAAUUCUCAACCCCGUCCCUAGUUCUGCCUUUACAUGUGUGAAUAAUUAAAACAGUCAAUAACAAAAACAACACAACUGAUAAUGUCCUACAAUCAGCUGAUAAUAAAUGAUCAGUUUAAAAAGAGACAACAACAACAAGAAGCUACAAACAGUCAAAGACAAGUAAGAAAUACAAUUACCUAGAAAUGAGCUCAGGCCUGAACCUUUGUUGUAAAGGAGUUUAUAACUGGACUUAAAGCUCCUCCAGUGUGAAGGUCUGUGUCCAUGUGUAGUGUGAUUAUAGAUUAUAGAUCAGCUCUAGCUUCUAUAUUAAUACUGUGAAAGUAUCAAAGCCUCAGUCCACAGAGAAAUGCACACAGCCUGUAUUCAGAAACUGAGCCUUAAAACCAGCUGUCAGGACUUCUGGAACUUUGUGAUGUCACAACAAAGCAGUCACCAAGCCCCGCCCACCUGGACCCACCAUCCAAACCUUGUAGGAUUUGGUUUCUCUGAGUGUUUUUACCUGAAAUCUGCUCAUUCCUCAUGAUGCAGGGGAGUCUGAAUUAAGGCCAAACAGAGACGUUAACAUCAGAACCAUGAUUGUUAUUAAAGCUCAUGUUUCUU